GAACCAGGUCUGUAUGUCAUAAUACCGCGCUACAGCUAACAUGGCAUCCCUCCUGAUCCCCACUCUACUGCUGUGCUACAGCUCGCUCAGUCGCUGCUCAGAGAGCAAAGAAUAUCCUCUAGAUGUCUUCGCCCCACAGGAGGUGAAAUUCCACUCCCUAGACUACAGAAAUGUCUUGCAUUGGAAGCAACAUGCCAACUCUACCAACGACCAACAAUACUUUGUCCAGUGGAAAGUAUAUGGGGAGAAGCAGUGGACCAAUGCAAAGGAGUGUCAUGGCAUCAGCCGGCUGCUCUGUGACCUGAGCAAGGAGACAUCCGACUCCAGAGAAUGGUAUUACGCCAGGGUCCAUGCAGCCCACUCAGGGACUCAAUCACCAUGGGUCAUAUCCGCCAGAUUCAACCCUAAGUGGGAGACCUCUGUCAGCCCACCGGCUAUGAAACUUCAUGUGACGGAGAAAGGCAUUGUGGUCCGGCUCAAGCCUCCACGUUCUCCCCACAGGAGACCUAAUGGCAGCUGGAUCAGUGUGAGGAGGCUGCAAAGAAUGUCAUUUACUAUACACCUCAUGCAGAGUGAUGUUGAGGAGGAAACAUUUGAAAUGGAGGGCUGUGCCAAACAGCUCCUGAUCUCAGAUCUGAGCCCCGGGACCACCUACUGCCUGACGGCCGAGAGUCGCUUGCACCUGCUGGGCCGUAGAAGCACCCAGAGCCCUAGGGCCUGCAUCACCACACUGUGAGGGCCAGGAUCUAAUGUCUUCCCCCAGGGGAAAAUGUAGCCCUGGAUUUCUCUGCCAAACCGGAAACUCAACAUGAUACUGUGACAAUCAAACCUCACUUGAAGUAUACACUGAUUUAUCCACUAUUACCUCAGGUACUGAAUGCAUUCUGCCAAAAUGUGUCUUACGCAUUUAACCCAACCCCUCUGAAUCAGAGAGGUGCGGGGGCUGCCUUAAUCAAUGUCCAUGGGAGCAGUUGUUGUUGGGGGUUAAUUGCCUUGCUCAAGGGCAGAAUGGCAGAUUUGUCCACCUUGCUGGCUCUGGGAUUUGAAUCAGCAACCUGGCCCAACGCUCUUAACCGCGAGGCUACUUGCCGCCUCACUAUGCUAAUAGGUAGAUAUUGAUAAAGCACAAUCAUUCCUAUCCUUGUGUAGUUGGUGCUUGUGUAGUUGGGGUGGGGUUGCACUGUAAGAUAGAUGUGAAGGAGCUCUGCUGUUCUCUGCAGUCUGUGUUGACGAGGGACAAAACAACCUACCGUCUCCUAUAUAAUUGCUAAGGUUGCUUUUACACAGGCAGCCCAAUUCUGAUAUUUUUUUCACUAAUUGGUCUUUUGACCAAUCAGAUCAGCUCCGAAAAAUACUUGACGUGAUUGGUCAAAAGACCAAUAAUGGGGAACAAAGAUCAGAAUUUGGCUGCCUGUGUACACACAGCCAUAGAAUCCCAGUAAAUUAGUCUCCUGGGUCCUGAUUACAUUGACAUGUAAUCAAUGAAUGUAAUGAAUCAAUCAUUCAAAUAAUGAAUCAGUUUUACUAGCACUGGUUUUGCAGAAAGCUGCUUUUUUUAUUUGCAAUGACUGAUAUGUGGUUGUCUUACCUACCUUACUUGAAUGCACUGACUCUAAGUUGCUCUGGAUAAGUGUCUGCUAAAUUACUCAUUACACUGUAUUCAAAUGCAAAUAAAACCUACUCAUUUUGCUUUGACAAACAUAUCCUUGCGGAUAUCUUUAUUGAGGUUGAUUUACAGAAGGGACACUAAUAAUUCAAAAACAAUUAUUGUUCAUAUUUGUUAUCUUAUACUACAGUCAUCUCAGACAACAAUUCAAAUCGUACAACAAAUCCUUUUGUGUAAGAUCGACAGUCCAUUUGAUCGCUCUUUAUGAAUGCAUCCUACCUCAUACUGUAUCUUUAACAUCAUAUCACUAUAGAUUUGUUCUGUUUCCACCAACCUGUAUGGAGCAUGACACGGGACAGAAUCAUAUAUUUCACAUUUCAUUAUUCAGUCUUACGCAUGCAGCAACAAUUUUAACCCUGAAUAAAAUUACUCUCACUAUUAUGCUGACUUAGAUUUGUUUUGAAUUGUAACAGAAUGGCAAUAUGUUUUCAGACUAUGGUUUUUGAUAACCAUAUAACCAUCAAAUGUGUGUAUAAUACAUGUAUAAUAGGAUUUUUUGUUUUUACAAAUCAUACAUUUUCAUGUUUUACAGGUUUAACCUCAUCUAUGAAGGAAAAAAAUCUAUUACAAUGUAUUCAAUUUCUUGGGAUAAACACAAUACAGAUGAUUCAUUCAGGAAAUAACUAGAAUACAUACACUAGGUCACAAAUAAAAGUAUGUACAUGGAUACUACAUAACAAAUCAACUUUCUUUUUUAAUAAAAUAUAUUUGUCAAUUUUACUUUUACAUAAUUUCACAAACCAAACGGCUGAUUAAAAAUACAGUAUCAAAAAUCUGUCUCAUGGAAUGUGAGUGAAUUUGAGCUUUGGUGAAAGUGUUGGGAACAUAGGAGACAGGUUGUUUUCUCCCUCGUCAACACAGAGAGUCUGCAGAUCAACAGCAGAGCUCAUUCACGUCUAUCUCAGGGUUCCCCCCCCCCCCCCAGCACUACACAGCUGAUCCUCAGGACCAAGUUUGGGAAACCCUGCUAUAGAGUACCACAGUAUGAGUCAUCGAUACCCAUAGAACCUAGCUGUUAAACAGGGAAAUGGUUUCAAUCGUUUUUCCACCAUUCAUUUUUCCCAUAGGGGAUUUUAGAAACACUUCAAAUAAGUGCUGUGUAGGCUUACCCUGGCGUGACGUUUUGAUAACAGUCACACAUCUCUACACACAAUACCCUAUACAGAAAUAUCUGAUUUACAUAAGUAUUCACACCCCUGACUUAAUACAUGUUAGAAUCACCUUUGGCAGAGAUUACAUCUGUGAGUCUUUCUGGGUAAGUCUCUCUAAGCGCUUUUCACACCUGGAUUGUACAAUAUUUGCACAUUAUUAUUAUUAAAAACAAUUCUUCAAGCUCUUGUCAAGUUGAUUGUUGAUCAUUGCUUGAUGGUCAUGUUCAAGUUUUGCCAAGCAUACUCAUAACAUGAUGCAGCCACCACCGUUUGAAAAUAUGAAGAGUGGUACUCGGCGAUUGUUGGAUUUUCCCCCCCAAAUAAUGCUUUGUAUUCAGGACAAAGUUUAAUUCCAUUGCCACAUUUUUUUCAGUUUGACUUUAGUGCCUUAUUGCAAACAGGAUGCAUGUUUUGGAUUUGUCUUUUCUGUACAGGCUUUCUUUUCACUUUGUCAUUUAGGUUACUAAUGUGGAUUAACUACAAUGUUGAUCCAUCCUCAGUUUUUUCCUCACCAGCAACUUGAGUUAGGAAGGACGCCUGUAUCUUUGUAGUGAUUGUGUGUAAUUAAUAACUUCACCAAUGUGCAAACAGAUAUUCAAUGUCUGUUUUUAAGAAUAAAUGUUUUUACCCGUCUACCAAUAAGUGCCCUUUGCGAGGCAUUGGAAAACCUCUGGUCUUCGUGGUUGAAUCUGUGUUUGAAAUUCACUGCUCGACUGAGGGACCUUACAAUUAUCUGUAUGUAUGGGGUACAGAGAUGAGGUAGUCAUUCAAAAAUCUUGUUAAAUACUAUUGCACACAUGCAACUUAUUUAGGCUUGCCAUAAAAGGGGUUGUUGAAUCAAGAUAUUUCAGCUUUUCAUAUUUAAUUCAUUUGUAAACAUUUCUAAAAAAACAUGGUAUUGGGUGUAGGCCAGUGACACAAUUUCAAUUGAACCCAUUUUAAAUUGACUAAACAUUUUUGAAAAAGUCAAGGGGUGUAAAUACUUUCUGAAGGUAUGCAUUCAGAUUUGUUUAGUAUGGUCGUCUUGAGUUGAUUUACAGUUCCAGAAAGAACGUGGGGGGUUUCUGAGGAUUCAUGCUGGUUGAAAGACCUAUCAUGCUAAUCAGCCAUUCUUGAAGUGGUUCAAGUAUAAAAGAAGGUUGAGGUCAACUGAUGUAUUACUUAAAGCCUGUGAUUGUUAAUAUGGGGAUAAAACAGCACUGGGAUUCUGCGGUGUGAACAAAAUGUGAUAAAACAA